AUUGGAUUGGGUGUCCCAUGUGCUUUGCUUUGUUUAACUCCCUGUAGUGUUUGCUGUUGGAGGAGAGGAGAGGAAAGGAAAGGAAAGGAAAGGAAGAGGAGGAGGAGGAGAGGAGACCUCAGACCAGCGGAAAAUGGGGACUGGUCGGAGGAGCCCGGCAGAGAAAGAGCAGCAGAGCAUGACAUUUUAUUUAUUUAUCUAUUAUUCGUCUUUCUUCUACAUUGUCUCACUGUAAAUGCUAAAAGAAGGCUGGGUUGUGUUCUCGAUCAUUCUCUCAUGUCCCUCCACCACAUUCUGAUUAAUUAAUUCAUUCAUUCAUUCAUUCAUUCAUUCUUCUUCUUCUUCUUCUUCUUCUUCAUACCAUAGCAAUAGCAUAGCGUAGCACACCAGCACAAUACAAUACAAUGCGAUCCGAUCCAAUCCAAAUCCAAUUAAUCAAUCAAACAAACCUUAGCUUAGCUUAGGAAUCUCCCACUUCCAAAAUUCCAAUUCACAUAGCGUAGCAUAGGAAUUCUCUCUCUCUCUCUCUAGCUGAGCUGAGCUGAGCUGAGUGAUUAGUGAUACGUACUCUACAAUACAAUCCAUACAAUACAUAAACACAUCCAUAUGUCGGUGGCUUGCGGCUUUGAAUGCGUCUUCCUGCUUGGCUUCUCCCGCUGGGCCUGGAAGCGCUGCACCUACGUCGGCUCCGAUGACAGCUCCGCCUGGCCCCUUGCCACCCCCGACGAGUUCGACGCCGUCCCUCGCAUCUGCCGCCUCAUCCUCGCCGUCUACGAGCCCGAUCUCCGCAAUCCCCAAUUCCCCCCCGCCGGCGGCUACCGCCUCAACCCCGACUGGCUCGUCAAGCGCGUCACCUACCAGCAGACCCUCGGCCGCUCCCCUCCCUACCUCAUCUACCUCGACCACCACCACCGCGAGAUCGUCCUCGCCAUCCGCGGCCUCAACCUCGCCAAGGAAAGCGACUACAAGCUCCUCCUCAACAACCGCCUUGGCAUGCAGAUGUUCGACGGCGGCUACGUCCACUACGGCCUCCUCAAGUCCGCCAUCUGGCUCCUCAACCAGGAGUCCGACACCCUCAGGACUCUCUGGCUCGACAACGGUUCUGACUACACCAUGGUCUUCGCCGGCCAUUCCCUCGGCUCCGGCGUCGCCGCCCUUUUGACCAUCAUCGUGGUCAACCACAGGGACAGGCUGGGUGGGAUCCCCAGGAACAAGGUCAGAUGCUACUCCGUGGCGCCCGCUCGCUGUAUGUCCCUCAACCUUGCCGUCAAGUACGCCGACGUCGUCAAUUCCAUCAUUUUGCAGGAUGACUUUUUACCAAGAACUGCUACUCCCUUGGAGGAUAUUUUUAAGUCGAUUUUCUGCUUGCCCUGCUUACUGUUUUUGGUCUGCUUGCGUGAUACUUUUAUUCCUGAGGGACGAAAGCUCAGGGACCCGAGAAGGCUUUAUGCACCGGGAAGGAUGUACCACAUUGUUGAAAGAAGAUUUUGCAGAUGCGGGAGGUACCCUCCAGAAGUGAGAACUGCCAUUCCUGUUGAUGGUAGGUUCGAGCACAUCGUCCUGUCAUGUAAUGCCACAUCUGAUCAUGCCAUUAUUUGGAUAGAACGAGAAGCAGAGAAGGCUUUGGAGAGAAUGAAAGAGGUAGCCUCUGAGACCAUUACUACUGCUCCUAAGAUACAGAAGAUUGAGAGGUUACAGACCUUGGAAAAGGAGCACAAGGAUGCACUCGAACGAGCUGUGAGCUUGAACAUUCCUCAUGCUGUCAACUCAGCAGAGGAAGAAUGCGAACCGCCACCUCCUCCUGAGGAGGAAAGCAUGGAGCCCCUAGAGGCAGAGAUGAAGGCAGAGAUGAAGACAGAGAUGGUGCCUGCUGAUGCUGAAGGUAGCAGCAAAUCAAAGUCUGCUGAUGGGAGGACUAACUGGGAUGAAGUGGUCAAGAAGCUUUUCAAGAGGGGCGAGUCCGAAGAUCUUGUCCUAAAGAGAGAAGAUCACGAUGCGGACCCCCUAUAACAGGAGCUCUGCGAGGAUUAUGCAACUGUUUCUUUAUGUUUGUUAUUCUUGGGCAAUGAGGGUUGAGCUUUUCUGGGAUUUCCUUUUUGUCUUUUCGGUUUGUUGAAAGAUGAAAUGCCUGCUGUGUCAACCUGUCCUGGUGCAAACUUUUGUAAAUCCAUUCCCCUGUCUGUAUGAUACUCUCUGCAUUAUCUGCUCCAGUCCACCAACGAUUAAUGAAGAGAAACGUCCUGAUCUUGUUCGUCGUAUUAGAUUUAGAGAUCAGCACUGUUAAAUGAUUCA